AUGAAAUCUGAUUCGCGUGCUUCAGAUGCUGAUAGUCGUGGCCUAACUGAGAUUGCAAUUGACUUAGCAUCCUCCAAGGCUAGAGACAUUCUUGGGGUUCUUAAUUCACGUUAUGAUAACAGAUAUGAUACGUGGAAGGACGGAUACAACUCAUUCACAGACCGAUAUGGCUCGUGUUACAAAAAUUAUCAGGAUGCCAUUAGAGACCUUGAACAAACCAAGAAACUCUUCUAUGAUGGUGACUAUAAGCGCAUAGCUGUUCAAAUGAAUGAUGUUAAGGAAGAAGUUCGUGAUUGCAAAAAUCAAUUUGAAAAUUCAGCAAAUUACUCAUCUGACCGCAGAAGAUGGAAAAAGGAAUUUGAAAUUUUGUGCGAUGUAAUCAAGGUUUCUUCUAAAUCAUUGUAUGACGAUUCAUAUUCUUCGUUUACCCGCCUUCCAUGA